AUGGGACACAACUCCGAUAAGAUGUAUGUGACCCACUCGGAGCACGCGAUGGGGUCGCAUACCGCUGGAAUGACCGGCAAGAGGGCAGAGUCGGGCAAGAGCGAGAUUCAACGACUACCAUUCGACUCUUGCGCGCUGUCUCUCCAGCCAUUUCGGAAUCCCGUAGCCGUCAUUGCCGACACCGCUGAAGGGGAGGCACCAAGAGCAGACGUCUUUGAUCUACUGAACAUUGUGCCUUACGUGCGGAAGUUCAAGACGAAUCCGGUCUCUGGUAAAUUUAUGGACACAAGCCAGCUCAUCAAGCUCAACUUCUUCAAGAACUCAGAAGGCAACAUGCACGACCCCAUCACCUACAAGGUGUUCUCGCCUCACGUGCACCUGGUCUUCCUCCGCAAUACCGGCAACGUCUUCGAUAUGGCUUCACUCCAGCUGCUUGCCAUCAAGUCGAAGACAUGGCGCGACCUAGUCAAUGACGAGCCUUUCACGCGGAAAGACAUCAUCACUAUUCAGGAUCCGGAGAAUCUCGGCGCGAGGGAUCUGAGGGAGUACGACUAUGUCAAGAAGGACAAGAAGGUCGAGGAGGGCGACCUGGAGGGCGACCCGCUGAGGGGCAUCAACGUCGACGCUGCUGGAGGCGCUGGCAAAGUUCUGAAGAUGCUGGCGGACAAGACAAGAGCUGAGCAAGCCGCCUCAGUCGUGCCUGCACCUGUGAAGAAAGAGGAGAAGAAGGAGGGCGUAGUGGCCAAGCGAAGAGCAGAUCAACAAGCCUAUAACUCGACAAAUUUCAGUACCGGUCGUACAGCUGCGGCACUGACGAGUACCGCCCUUCUGCCUGAGAUCGGUAACGAGCGUGCCCUGCUGGACGAGGAGGAAUAUAUGUUUGAUGAAUUGAAGAAGCCCGUCAAGGAGAAGGAGCGCUUAAAGUCGAAAGCCUACUGUACGAUAAUGACGAAUUACGGCGGUCUCAACUUCGAGUUGCACGGGGAUCGAGCACCAAAGACGGUGUACAACUUUGUCCAGCUCGCCAAGCAGGGCAAGUAUGACGAUACAUCUUUCCACCGACAUGUACCUGGCUUCAUGAUACAAGGAGGUGAUCCUACCGGGACGGGCAAAGGAGGUGAAAGUUACUGGGGCGAGCCGUUCAGAGAUGAGUUCAGCGAGAAGGGCGCGUAUAAGCACGACGCAAGAGGUGUAUUGGCAAUGGCAAAUUCUGGUCCGCGAUCAAAUACCUCCCAAUUCUUCAUCCUCUUUCGCGCCGCCGACCACCUCGACGGCAAGCACACCGUGUUCGGUAAAUUGGUCGGCGGCGAGUCUGUCCUGGACAAGAUAGAACGAAUCGCACCGAAUCCAACGACCGACCGUCCCGUCAAGCCAAUAACGAUAACGGGAAUUCAGGUCCUCACCGAUCCUUUCGACGAGUACAAGAAGCGGCUAGCGGCCAAGCUUGAACGGCAGGAUCAGAGCGAGGAUGCGCUGAGAAAGAGGGAGGAGAGACAAGCGGAGAGGGAUAAGGACCGGACGACGUGGUUGGGGACGGAUUUGGGCGAGAGGGGGAUGGCGAGGGAUGAGCUGGACCGGAAGCGCCGGAGGGAGGAAGAAGGUGGGGUGGGAAAGUACCUCGGUCCGGGAGCGGCGGCGAGAGUGGGGAAUUCCGCGGUACCGGCGGUAGGCGAGUUUGGAGUGGAGAAGAAGAAGCGGAAACAGGGCGGAUUUGGGGAUUUCUCGGGGUGGUGA